AUGGAACCCAUCAAAGAGAUGCCUUCCUGGGAAGAAAUUUUCCAGGGGAUGCAGGCAACACGCGAUAGUUCUCUUGCACGUAUUCCUCGGCAGCUUCUCUCCCCUUCGAGAUUGUCCAUCACGGAAACCCCUGCUGAGAAUUUGGUGGUCUCUCUAGCUGCGGGGGAACUGACUGCCACUGCGGUCACAAAUGUCCUCCUGCGACGUGCCGCAAUUACACAAAAGGUGACCAUUUACAUCUAUGAGGUCCUCCCUGAGCGUGCUAUUCUCGAGGGAAAACAGCUGGAUAACUGCUUGGUCGAACAUGGAAAGCCAAUAGGGCCGUUGCACGGCUUCCCGAUUAACAACACGGCUGGCUUUGUCGUCUGGGUUGGUCACAAAAAUAGGGAGGACGCGAAGAUCGUGAAAAUUUUCGUCGACGCCAGUGUCGUACUGUAUGCAAGAAAGACAGAGCCGCUGGGUUUGUCGGCGUUGCAAGCGCUUUAUGGCAGCCCCCAUGGCAUUGGAUCAGAUAUCGGACUACUAUCACCUACCGUAGGAGGAAUUAAACUGUUUAUGAGGAGUAUACUGGUCGCUAAACCUCGCACAAUAGCAAGAGCGCUGCAAGAGACAGUUGAAAGGUUGAAAGCCUUGUCCUCCGAUGUCGAGGUCAUCGAGUGGAAGCCUUACCAAAAGAGAGAAGGAUCAGAGAGCCUCACGAGAUUAUAUACCCCUGACGGUGGUAAGGCAUUCGCCAAAAACCUCGCCCUCUCGGGAGGGUCUUGCUUGCCGCUCUUGGCAUGCACGCUGCGAGACACUCAUGGCGCUGAGGAGCUGAUUGUGCAUGGAGUGUGGGAGUGGACCCUUAAGCGUGAAAUGUUCCGCUACUCUUAUUUUCAAGAGUGGAACUCGGUCGCUCCCGAGAUGGACGUUAUUCUUUGCCCACCAUAUUCAACACCCGCGCCACUGCUUGACACCUCCGCAGUACACAUCCAUCUGGGAUUUGUCGCACCUGUCUGUUUGCACCUAGUAGCAAAGAUAUUAAAGGACGAGAAAGUCGUUCAGGUCUUGGAAGUCGUUAAAGAGAAGAUUGGUCUGCCAUUCGUGGACUGCUUGGCAUGAUUUGGGCCAUGCGUCCCACCGAUAUGAAUGACAUUAGGUCGAUCAAAGCAUGCCACGCAUGAUGCAGUUGUGGACUUGGAAGAUAAUCAGGCCUGGUUUCACAGGUCACGUCAUCGGGGAUCCUUCAUCCAAUUCAAACUGAAAAAUUGGAGGAACACACCCUUAUCUCGUGGCAAGGAGAACUGCAAGGGUUUCCUCUCGUGACACUGUUUUCGUAUCUGUCUGUUGUCGAGCACCAAUGGUUCUUGACGGAGAGCAAACUAGUAACCUUGAAGUAAGGUUUCUUGUCGAUCUUUCUACGCGAACACGAACAAGGCCUAUAUCACAUUCGACAAGUCGCAAACCUUUUCCUCUUUGGUGC